UGUUGUCAACAACAUAAAAAAUUGUCAUUCAUUUCAUAUCAUCCAAAUUUUAAGUCGCUUAAAACUUCACUGUAAAAUGGGGAAACUAUCAUUAAUGCAAACUAUAUUAUUGCAGGGGGCGAACAAAGACUGCAGCAAAAAGAAUUUCAAAGAUUACGCGAGACGAAUCGCCAACCAGUCUUACAACGAUGUAGACGACGACGUCCCCAGCGUCAGGACAAUCAACUUCGAAUCUCCAAUACCGAGGAUCUUCCGUUACUCGGGAAGGGCAAGAUACACAGUCAGAGACAAUUUACUUGGGACUCCGAACCUGAAGGGGGUCACGCCUAGGAAAAAUCGUAUGGUCCACCGAUUCAGGUAUGUACAUGUACCUGCGCAUCACGCAAUCAACAGGCGAAGGAAAGAUUGCUAUUCGAUGCUGAACGCGAAAGCCAACUAUUUGUUUCAACACGGCAACAAAAACGUCGACGUUUUGUACAAAUGUGUCAGCGUAAACUGUCAAAAACCGGUGCUGGACAAGUUCCUGGGCAAAGAUGCCGGCAUGGAACAGAAGUACGAGUUCCUGCAGCAGAUACGCAUGCUCAACACCACCCACGACCACGCCGAGCGCGUCCAGCAGCUCAACGACAUGAAGGUCGACUCCCUGAGGCGCUUCGACAAGCACCCGAUCAAGAGGAGGUCGUCGUACCACGCGCACAGCUCCACCCUCAAAAAGAUCAGCGAUAAUAAGUCGGCGGAGCUGGACCAGGAGCCGGAGCCUUCGAACGAGCCGGACACUUCCUCAUUUUACAGGAAAAGGGCGCUUUCUACGCCGAAAAUCAAGACGCCGUACUCGGUGGAACGGGUCAUCAUAACCGAGAACACCGAAUUCGCCGACUGGAACUCCCAGAAAGUUAACGCCCUCAAGCCCGCUUUCGUCAACCUCAAGCCCAGCAUUUAUGACAAGGCGGCCCUCGACAGUAAACAAUGUGAGGAGAAGUCACUUGUUGCUGAGAGUGCUGUGCCAUGGGACAACGUUAAAAUUGGGGCACAUUUGAAGGGCAAGAUUUGGCAUAGUUUAAGAAUAAGUCCUGUAAUGAGGCAAUUGGAGAGACCCAGACUAACUGAAGAACGGAUAGUGGAGGAAUCAGCUAAAAUGGAUGAAUGUCUAUGUAAGGAAAGGGAUGACACCAAAUGCUCAUCAUCAGCUGCUAGGACAGAGGAGCAAAAUUACCACUCCGAAGUUAAUGCCAUUCGGGAAAUUAACAACCCUCAAUUCACAGAACAAACAAUGUAUCUUGAGAAGAGGAGAAAAUAUGCAGAUAGGUUCCAUAAAGUAGAAAGUAUGAUCAACACUCUCAGCAAAAAAUACACCAAAAUCAUCAGCGAUCUUGAAAAUGGAGGAUUGAAAUGGGUGACUCACAAAUCAAAUGAGAUGUCCAACAAAGUCUGUAACUUAGAAAAAUCAUUGAAGGAAUGCGUCUGCGUCCUGGAGAAACAGACUUCAUUGAUUGAAGACCAGAACACCAAGAUCAACACUUUGGAAUCAAAGUUGCUUGAGAAACAACCUCCACCCACUCAAGCAGCGUCUUCAAACGAACUUAUCCUUUCGGAAAGACCUGAGACGGCACCAAAAGAGAAGGAACCCGUUGCUGGUCUCAAUGAGGAACCUAAGCAGCGUAAGGAGUGUAUUAAUAUAAAAGUAAUAAACGAUGCACACAGAGAUGAGAACCUUCUAAACCUUACCAAGUCCAUUGAGGAGUUGCAGAAAAAGAUUGUCUCCGCUAGCCAUCAAAUGAUCAAGUCAAAAGAAAAGGACAAUAAACCAGAAGACGAGGUACCAUGCAAGCAAUGUACCGAAGUCAAGAACACAGAAAUAAUCAGCAAGCCAGACAAAAAGGCGACCAACGAGGUCGAACCCACAGAAAAACCUCAAUUAAAUUAUGAAAGAGUAGACAAAGGCUUUCCGAAGGAUAAGGUGAACGCCUCAAUUUAUGUACAUGAUGCAUCUGAAAAUUGGAUCACACAGAUUUUAUCCGUUGAAGGCGUUACGGAAACUUAUUUCGAUACAGUUUCUCAGCCUGUGGCAUAUGAAUAACCCACAAGUGUAAAUUGUCUCUUGAAUCACAUUUCAUUUUGCAAUAAAUCACAAAAUAAAUAACCUU